AUGUAUAAACCAAUUCUUAAUCCAAAUUCUUUAUCAUCAACUAAUACAAAUACUAAUUCCAUUUCAUCCUCUUCACAAAUUCAUCUUGAACUUAGUAAAAUUCUUCUUAAACAUGAUCCGAAUGCUAUACGUUUAUAUGAUUUUAUAAAUCAUGUUAAAAUUUUUUUUUAUAAUUCAAAUGAAUGUUGUUGGAAAAAUAAUUCAUAUAUAGAAGGAAAUUUAUUUCUUUAUGAAAAGAAAUCUAUUAUUAAUAAUCAAAUGUAUCCAUCCUAUGCAUUUGCUGUUAUAAAUGGAAAACAAAAAUUUAUACAACAAAUUACUUCAGAUAUGGUACAAUAUGCUGAUAAAUUACGUUUCUUUUAUGAAAUAGUGAUAAAUAAUAAAUGUGAAGUAUUUUGUUUAUUUUUUAUAAAUGAAAAUGAAUGUCAACGAUUAAAUGUAUUUAUUACACGAUCUAUUGAAUCAAUACGAAAUUUUAACAAUCAACAAUCUCGUUUAAUUACUACAAAUGAUAUUCAAUCUACAGUAACAAAUGAACAGUUAGUAUCGAAAAAUAUUUAUCAACAACAAACACCAACUAAAGUAUCUAAUUCAACUAUAUCUCAAGUUAGAUCUUGUCAACAAACACCAACUCAACAACAAUCAACUUCUAUAACGAAUAGUAAUAAUAGUGAAGAUCCUACAUCAUCACUCAAACGUUUACUUAAUAUUCCACAUCAAAAUGAUUUAGAUAAUGAAUCAAGUUUUGUACAACAAAACAAUCCAAUAAAUCUUAUUCCACCAUCUGCUUUUAAAUCCGAAUCAUCAACGUCAUGUUCAACAAAUGAUGUUAAACAUAGUCAAAAUUAUUUAUCUUCAAUAAACCUUGAAUAUUUUCGUAAUGUUUUUCUUCAUCUAGUUCAAAAUAAUGAUCAAUUUUUAAAUAUUAUUCAUCGAGCAUGUCUGAAUCAUUCCAAGCAAUAA